AUGGGGGUGAGUCCAUCGGUGUUGCAAGCGGCAGAGCUGACGUACGCGUCUUAUAGAGCGGAUCUUUCGGUCGCUGAAGUUGUCUAUGCUGAGGAAGUAGCGUUGGCAUUGGCGAUGUACCAAUACGAGGCUCAAGAGGAAGUGAGACGGAUCGCGCGGAGCUACGCCUCGUUGAGCGAUUAUGACACGCAGGAGAUAUGCCGGGUUGCGGGCUUCGGGAGUACCGGUGAAUUCGCUGUAGGUCGUUUUGUGUGGAAGGAGUGGCAAAUCUUGCCAAUGCUGCAUGAGCCUGCGCAGAAGGUCAACACACCGCUCCACUACAGAGUACGACUGCUGUUGUCUGAGUUGACAAGAGAUUGGAGUGCUGAGGGUGAGGAGGAGAGGGAGCAAAGUUAUGCCCCCUUGGUUAAGGAACUACCUAGUGAGCGGUGCAGCGUUUUGGUACCGGGAUGUGGUACUGGUAGAUUAGUGUACGAUGUGGCUGUACUCGGUCACGAUGUAGAAGCGAAUGAUUUCGACGUCAUGAAGCUCGCGGCUGCUAAUGCUGUGAUCAGCGGGUAUGGUUGGUCUGGUCCGAUAGUGAUUGAGCCAUAUUGUUUGGAUACUUGCAACAGGAUGAAGAGAGACGACCACAUUAGAACGGUCACUCUGCCGGAUUGUGAGAUCGACAAGAAUGCUCUCAGUCGAGUAAGCGUCAAUGGUUUCGAGUUCACAGAGGUAGUAGGAUGGGGAGAGAUAGUUGGUAAGCAAUGGGAAAUAGUGGAUCAGGCAUAUGGCUCGGCAGAGAAGCAUGAGGCCUUUGAUAUUGUUCUGACGGCAGCCUUCGUGGACACUGCACCGAACGUGUUUGCGUACAUCAAGACCAUCGCGAAUGUGUUGAAGCCUGGUGGGAGGUGGGUUAACACGGGUCCAUUGGGAUGGCUGUACGAUGGAGACCGGUUCAAUGCGGGUCGCGAUGGUGUGGGUAAUUGGCCUCAGAAUUCUGGAGUGUAUGAAUCGUUGUUGUUGAACGAUUAUGAUAACUUAAAUCACGACGUCGUAUCGGGCGCACAUGCUGGUCAGGAAAAAGCGAUGGAACUCAACUUGGAGACGGCUCUCGCUGAUGGCCCUGGUGUAAAUGUCUACUGCGGUGCUGUUGGAGUGAGUCCGUUGCGUCCUGAGGAGGCAGGGGACAGAUAUUGGGGUAGCCCCGGAUGGAAGCCCAAUGGUCUUUAUUCUCAAGUUCCGGACACGCCCUUGUCGUCGAGGCCAUACGAUGCUAAUAGGAUGAGCUCGGCCUCGGCGGGGACGGCGGCUCCGUUGGUGUCGUCUUCGGAGUCCCUCCUUCCCGGCUCACCACCGGGUUGGACGGUACCGGACUUCAUGAGGGAGGACCACGUUGAGGGUAGCGCUAGUAGGAUGGAGAUGAUGGUGAGGAGCUCGGGAGAGGGCGAGGUCGGCUGGGAGGGGCCUUCGAGGUCGGGGAUGAACUCGGCUGUGGAAGCUCUGAUGCAGCAGGCGGCCCUGUCACUGGCAACCACUGGGGGGAAUGCUGUCACCGCUGCUACUGCUGCUAUGCCUGGUGGAGGCCCUUCCCAUCAGCAGACCAUGUUGGCUCUACUACUCAGUUCGACGGCUAUGCGGUUGGUGGCGAACGCAUCGAUCAAUUCGUCGGGUGCUGCCCAUCAGGUUCUGUCCGGUCCUUCCCCACCGCCGCCGCCGCCGCCCCCGUUGUAUCCGCCACCUGGACUGGCGGCUUCCACGGCUGUUCAAGGUGGCAAGAUUGGUGAUGAUGUGAUGAGGGAAAGGGCAGUGGAGGCGUGGAGGGAAGCAUCGUCGAAGGAAGAGGAAGAAGAGGAGGCUAACAUUUGGGGUGGGUCUGAUCGUGAGGAAAUGUCGAUUACCUGGCAAUGGAGUUGA